CGAAUCCUUUGCAACCUGUGCAACGUGGUCCCAGGGGGUAUGGUGUGCUUCUUCCCCUCCUACGAAUAUGAGAAGCAGGUGUAUGCACACUGGGAGAAGACGGGGCUGCUCACCCGCCUGGCAACUAAGAAGAAGAUCUUUCAGGAGCCUAAGAAAGCCAACCAGGUGGAGCAGGUGCUGGUGGAAUAUGCCAAGUGCAUAAAGCGCUGCAGCCAGGCAGGAGGACAGAUGACGGGGGCCCUGCUGCUUUCUGUAGUUGGAGGCAAAAUGAGCGAAGGGAUCAACUUCUCUGAUGACCUGGGAAGGUGUGUGAUUAUGGUGGGAAUGCCUUACCCCAACAUUAAGUCUCCAGAGCUCCAGGAGAAAAUGACUUGGCUUGACAAAACAAUGCCCAGAGCUGCUGGCCAGGCACCUAGCAGAGUGCUGAUUGAAAACCUGUGCAUGAAGGCAGUAAACCAGUCAAUAGGCAGAGCCAUUCGCCAUCAGAAGGACUUUGCAAGCAUCCUGCUCCUGGACCACAGGUACGCACGCCCUGCCAUCUUUAACAAACUGCCGCAGUGGAUCAGGGAGAGAACACAGGUGAAACCUGCCUUUGGGUCAGCGUUUGCAGAGUUAAGGAAGUUCCAUCGAGGGAAGUCAGACGCUUUGUGAUGCAGACCAGAGAA